CUUUGUGUUUUCUUCCCCUUCCUUUCUCUGCCUCGCCCCUUGCAGGCUCUGAAAGUGUUCCAGCUGAUAUUUCAGACGGACAGACUCCCUGCGGCCUCGGAGGCAGUGAUUCCAAGCUGCCCGAGCAUGCUGCCACCACGCUGCAGGAUGGCGCACGUAGCCAGGCCGCUGUUGCUGCUCCUCGCUUUCUUCCUCCGCGCCGACGCUGAGACACCUCCAAGGUUUACACGAACUCCGGUGGAUCAGACAGGGGUCUCUGGUGGAGUUGCCUCUUUCAUUUGCCAAGCUUCGGGAGACCCAAGACCAAAAAUCGUCUGGAACAAAAAAGGAAAGAAAGUCAGCAAUCAGAGAUUUGAGGUAAUAGAGUUUGAUGAUGGAUCGGGAUCAGUUCUCAGAAUACAACCCUUACGGACUCCUCGGGAUGAGGCAAUUUAUGAAUGCGUGGCCUCGAAUAAUGUGGGAGAAAUAAGUGUAUCCACCAGACUCACAGUUUUACGUGAGGAUCAAAUUCCCAGGGGCUUCCCUACCAUUGACAUGGGCCCACAGUUGAAGGUGGUGGAGCGUACGCGCACUGCCACCAUGCUUUGUGCAGCCAGUGGGAAUCCAGAUCCAGAAAUCACUUGGUUCAAAGAUUUCUUACCUGUCGACACGAGCAACAACAAUGGCCGUAUUAAGCAGUUACGAUCAGAAUCUAUUGGUGGUACACCAAUAAGAGGCGCCCUUCAGAUCGAACAGAGCGAAGAAUCUGACCAAGGAAAAUAUGAGUGUGUUGCCACCAACAGCGCGGGCACUCGCUAUUCUGCCCCUGCCAAUUUAUAUGUCAGAGAGCUGCGAGAAGUUCGCCGCGUCCCACCAAGAUUCUCUAUCCCACCCACUAAUCAUGAAAUCAUGCCAGGUGGAAGUGUUAAUAUCACCUGUGUGGCUGUGGGGUCACCGAUGCCUUAUGUGAAGUGGAUGUUGGGGGCGGAAGAUCUGACACCUGAAGAUGAUAUGCCAAUAGGAAGGAAUGUCCUAGAACUGAAUGAUGUCAGACAGUCAGCAAAUUACACUUGUGUUGCUAUGUCAACACUGGGUGUCAUCGAAGCAAUAGCACAGAUCACUGUCAAAGCCUUACCCAAACCACCAGGAACUCCUGUAGUGACCGAGAGCACAGCUACAAGCAUCACACUGACAUGGGACUCUGGGAACCCUGAGCCCGUCUCUUACUACAUCAUUCAGCAUAAACCUAAAAAUUCUGAGGAACCUUACAAAGAAAUCGAUGGAGUGGCAACCACACGCUACAGUGUUGCUGGACUAAGCCCCUACUCAGAUUAUGAAUUCCGAGUUGUUGCUGUCAAUAACAUUGGGCGAGGGCCCCCCAGUGAGCCUGUGCUCACCCAGACCUCAGAGCAAGCACCGUCCAGUGCCCCCCGGGAUGUCCAGGCUCGGAUGUUGAGUUCGACCACCAUUUUGGUGCAGUGGAAGGAACCUGAAGAGCCAAAUGGCCAGAUCCAAGGAUACAGAGUCUAUUAUACGAUGGACCCCACCCAGCACGUCAACAACUGGAUGAAACACAAUGUAGCUGACAGCCAAAUCACUACUAUUGGCAACUUAGUGCCCCAGAAAACAUACUCUGUCAAAGUCCUGGCUUUUACCUCAAUUGGGGAUGGUCCUCUUUCAAGUGACAUACAGGUCAUCACUCAGACAGGAGUACCAGGGCAGCCACUGAACUUCAGAGCAGAACCUGAGUCUGAAACAAGCAUUUUGCUUUCUUGGACACCUCCGCGUUCAGACACCAUUGCCAACUAUGAGCUGGUAUACAAAGAUGGGGAGCAUGGAGAGGAGCAACGAAUUACCAUUGAACCAGGGACAUCUUAUCGGCUACAAGGGCUGAAACCAAACAGCUUGUACUACUUCCGUCUGGCUGCACGCUCUCCUCAAGGACUAGGUGCUUCUACGGCUGAAAUAUCUGCUAGAACCAUGCAGUCAAUGUUUGCAAAAAAUUUUCAUGUCAAAGCAGUAAUGAAGACUUCAGUGUUGCUGUCUUGGGAGAUUCCAGAGAAUUAUAAUUCUGCCAUGCCUUUCAAAAUUCUUUAUGAUGAUGGAAAAAUGGUAGAAGAGGUGGAUGGCCGAGCCACACAGAAGUUAAUUGUCAACCUGAAGCCUGAGAAAUCAUAUUCGUUCGUGCUGACAAAUCGUGGGAACAGCGCUGGUGGGCUUCAGCACAGGGUCACCGCGAAGACCGCCCCGGAUGUACUACGUACUAAGCCUGCCUUCAUUGGGAAGACCAACUUGGAUGGCAUGAUUACCGUGCAACUGCCAGAAGUACCUGCAAAUGAGAACAUAAAAGGUUACUACAUAAUAAUUGUGCCUUUGAAGAAAUCUCGUGGGAAAUUUAUCAAGCCCUGGGAGAGUCCGGAUGAAAUGGAGUUAGAUGAGCUGCUUAAGGAGAUAUCUAGGAAACGCAGAAGCAUCCGUUAUGGGAGAGAAGCUGAAUUAAAGCCAUAUAUUGCUGCUCACUUUGACGUCCUUCCCACUGAGUUCACCCUGGGGGACGACAAACAUUAUGGUGGAUUUACAAACAAGCAACUCCAAAGUGGUCAAGAAUAUGUCUUCUUUGUGUUAGCCGUGAUGGAGCACACAGAGUCUAAGAUGUAUGCAACCAGCCCCUACUCUGACCCUGUAGUGUCCAUGGAUCUGGAUCCACAGCCAAUCACAGAUGAGGAAGAAGGCUUGAUCUGGGUUGUAGGUCCUGUCCUUGCAGUGGUCUUUAUCAUCUGCAUUGUCAUAGCUAUUCUCCUUUAUAAAAGCAGUAAACCUGACAGGAAGAGGGCAGAGUCUGACUCUAGAAAGAGCAGCCUACCAAACAGUAAGGAGGUCCCUUCCCACCACCCAACAGACCCCGUGGAGCUGAGGCGCCUUAAUUUCCAAACACCAGGUAUGGCUAGCCAUCCUCCAAUACCUAUCUUGGAACUUGCAGAUCACAUUGAAAGGUUGAAAGCAAAUGACAACUUGAAGUUUUCCCAGGAAUAUGAGUCAAUUGACCCUGGCCAGCAGUUCACAUGGGAACAUUCAAACUUGGAAGUAAACAAACCAAAGAAUAGAUACGCAAACGUAAUCGCAUAUGAUCAUUCCCGGGUUCUCCUAUCAGCGAUAGAAGGCAUCCCGGGAAGUGACUAUGUGAAUGCGAACUACAUAGAUGGCUACAGGAAACAAAACGCCUAUAUUGCAACACAGGGAUCACUCCCUGAAACGUUUGGGGACUUUUGGAGAAUGAUAUGGGAGCAACGGAGUGCCACAGUUGUUAUGAUGACAAAACUAGAGGAACGAUCGAGGGUGAAGUGUGACCAGUAUUGGCCCAGCCGAGGCACAGAAACCCACGGGCUGGUCCAAGUGACGCUGCUUGAUACCGUGGAGCUGGCCACGUACUGCGUGCGAACAUUUGCACUUUACAAGAAUGGUUCAAGCGAGAAGAGAGAAGUCAGACAAUUCCAGUUCACCGCCUGGCCUGAUCACGGUGUUCCAGAACACCCAACACCUUUCCUAGCUUUCUUACGGAGAGUCAAAACCUGUAACCCCCCGGAUGCGGGUCCAAUGGUUGUGCACUGCAGUGCGGGAGUUGGCCGGACCGGUUGUUUCAUUGUAAUAGAUGCCAUGCUAGAAAGAAUAAAGCAUGAAAAAACUGUAGAUAUUUAUGGCCAUGUAACUUUAAUGAGAGCCCAGAGGAAUUACAUGGUUCAAACAGAAGACCAGUACAUCUUUAUCCACGAUGCGCUGUUAGAAGCAGUGACCUGUGGAAAUACCGAAGUGCCAGCCAGAAACUUGUAUGCCUACAUUCAGAAGCUGACACAGAUAGAAACGGGAGAGAAUGUCACAGGAAUGGAGCUUGAAUUUAAGCGUCUAGCCAGCUCUAAAGCUCACACCUCAAGAUUCAUCAGUGCCAAUCUUCCAUGUAAUAAAUUCAAAAAUCGCCUUGUUAAUAUUAUGCCAUAUGAAUCCACAAGGGUAUGCCUGCAGCCUAUCCGAGGAGUAGAAGGAUCCGAUUACAUCAAUGCCAGCUUCAUUGAUGGAUACAGACAACAGAAAGCCUACAUCGCUACCCAGGGACCCUUGGCAGAGACCACAGAGGACUUCUGGCGCAUGCUCUGGGAACACAAUUCCACCAUCGUCGUGAUGCUCACCAAGCUGCGUGAAAUGGGCAGAGAAAAAUGUCAUCAGUACUGGCCAGCAGAACGGUCUGCGAGAUACCAGUACUUUGUUGUAGACCCCAUGGCUGAGUACAACAUGCCACAGUAUAUCCUAAGGGAAUUCAAGGUCACAGAUGCCAGGGACGGCCAGUCCCGAACAGUAAGGCAGUUCCAGUUCACUGAUUGGCCAGAGCAAGGAGUGCCAAAGUCUGGAGAAGGAUUUAUUGACUUCAUCGGCCAAGUCCAUAAAACAAAGGAGCAGUUUGGCCAAGACGGACCCAUUUCAGUCCAUUGCAGUGCGGGCGUUGGAAGAACUGGAGUCUUCAUAACAUUAAGCAUUGUUUUGGAAAGAAUGAGAUACGAAGGCGUUGUAGAUAUCUUCCAGACCGUCAAAAUGUUAAGAACUCAACGACCAGCCAUGGUACAGACAGAGGAUCAGUAUCAGUUCUGCUACCGAGCCGCACUAGAGUACCUGGGCAGCUUUGAUCACUAUGCAACGUAGAAACCCCCGACCCAUUCUGGAUUUUAACUGCAGGCCCUUCAGUAUCCAUGGAGUCUCUUCUGAGCCAUAUGGGGCACUUGAGAAGUCCUUCUUAACUUCUAGCUAACAACCACUUAGUGGGACUAUUACACACAGAACAAAUUAAAAACAAACUAUUCCAGGUGGACCAAGAAUUCAAGUUUAAUAAUCUAACCUGACAAUAAUAAAGAGGAUCCUGACUGGUGAGGCAUCUGAAGGAUUUUAUUUACAGAUACCUCAAGGAUUCAAAAUAAAGGGAAGAAGAAAUCACAGCAAAGAACCACCAUCUUGUUCAGGAUUGCUGGAUAGGUGCAAGAAAUUGCCAGAAUGUUGCAGUUCAGUGCAAGAUGUUUGCUAGUAUGGCUUCUCACAAUAAAGUGGACUCUGCUUCGACAUCGCCCCUUCCCACCAUACUGCUCAUAAUAACGUUUUAGGGGGAACUGGGGGGGUGGGGUGGGGGAAUGUUUAAAAAGAAAGUCCUUGAUUUAGUUUUUUAGUAUUGUAAAGAUACUGCUGACCUGUGCUUCAUUUUUAACUGUGUAAACUUUUUUUUAACAAAAUGUAUCAUUCGAUAAAGUGAAUUUUAAAAAGUUACAUAACUCUUCAUUUUUUUAUUUCCAAAUUGUAGGUUUUUUUUAAGCUGUAGAACUGUUAUCUGUAAUGUCUCACUGUAGAAAUAUCAAAUCAUUUGAAAAGUUGCACAUUUUUGUGCAAUACUCUUAAUCUACAGUAUCCGUCUCGUCAGAUAUUUUUCACUUCUGUUUGGUUUUGAUUGGUAAGAAAAUACCCAUUCUCUUCAAAUAAUCAAAGAGAAUUUUGUUUUGUUUUGGUUUUGGAAUCAACAGGGAGGCGCAAAGUAUAAAGUUGCUGCUAGCAUAUAUACAUAGAUAUCCGUAUUUUAUGAGGGUGUUUAUGUAUAUAUAGACAGUGUAUCCAUACAAAAAGAUAGAUAUAGCUAUCAUUCACUUCUUCCAUGAUUUAAUUUUUUUUAAACUAGAAAAGCUAUGGUAAACAUCUCUUUCAAUUUAUCAUGAAUUUUAUGGCGUAUUGGUAUUUCUUAAUAUCACAAAACUUUAAUUUUUUUUAAGGGAAAUGAGGAAUGCACAUCAGUGAUUGUCAAACCUCACCCCCCUAAUUUCCUACCCAAUCCCCCCCUCAGUCGUACUCACAAAUAAUAUUUUGUUAGCCAGGCUUCCAACAAAGUCCAAUAUUUGUAACACUGUAGUGCAAUAAACAAUUAUUCAGUAUCUAAGAGGUGUGCAUGUGGGAAAGGUCAGUGCAUAUCCCUUUAGGAGGGGAGAAUGUUGUAAUAUAUCAGCUAUCGAGUUGUUUAAAAAGAAGUGUAUUCAACCAUAUAUUGUCUAUAGUAUGUGCUAUGAAAUUUGCAUUUAUGGUAUGUAACAGGGGCAAAGCCAAACUCAUGUUUCUCUGUUCGGUCAGAAACAUUUUGUGGCGUACAGCGUUCCUGGGAAAUGCUGUACUUGGUUUUGUUUUGGUUUUAGUUGUGCAUUUAGAGUGCCUUAUAAUUGAUGCCUGAUUUUAAUAGCGUUUCUUUUUAGCUUUCAGUUCGUAUUUUCAUUGGUUGCUCAUAUCAGUUACUCUUCUAAUUAAAGCAUUAUUCUGUUUACCACAUGUACAAAAACUCUUUCAAUAAUACACAUUCCUAGUUUUCAACCAGGUCGGGGAUGUUAGUAUUGUACCAGCUCAAAGCACGUGGAUAAUCAGGGCCCUUCUUCCUUCCAUAACUGUCAACAUCAGGAACAGCUACUUGUUUUAUUUAUUAUCCCUUCCAAAUCGGCUCUGGAACAUGCAGUCACUGCACCAAACUUAUUUUAAUAGCAAACAUCGUUGGCAACGUUGGAAUAUUUUUGAUAUUCCAUGAGGAUUUUUCUAAAAGGGGAAGUAAACAGACAUACACACUCACAUACACACAUACAUAUAUAUAUAUUUCCUCAAAAUUUUCCAACAUAAUUUCUAUAGGAAGCCAUGGAUGAUGGUAUGAGUUUGCCAUUUCUUAUGUGAUUUCCAACAACCCUUAAAAUAGCCAAGGAACUCUUCAAGGGUUUCAGUAUAGGUACACUACUUUGGUUUAAUUUUAGCUACAUUGAUGUUCUGCAUGGAAGGACUUUUGUUUUCUACAUUUUUCCCAUCGCUAGCAGAGUGAAAUCUAAGAGACCAAACACUUGCAAGCAUCGUAUUUGAGCACUUUUGUAAAGAAAAAGAAAAAAGAAAAAAAAUAUAUAAUACUUAAAAAAAAAAAAAAGUAUCUAGAAGGCUACCUCAGAAUGAGACUCUCUAACCUACAUCAGAACCAGAGAAGAAUGUGCACUAUGUGGGUCUGUUGUUAUUUCCUUUCAGUUUGUAUCUUUUGGAGAUUUAUCCAAGUGCCAGAUUACUCAGUGCUGUAAUUUUCUUUUAGCCGAACAAAGGGGGUCAGACUGACAUGGCAUCAUCCAGACACGCCAUGUUGGAUAUGUAGAACUUGAUGGAAUGGUGCACACCGGAACGGUUGGCCAAUGAGCAGUUUCUCUCCCUGAAACAAAAACUGCCCAUUUGGCAAAGGGAACGAUGAGAGUAAUCCCAAGAACGCGAAUGGGAUGCAUACCAUAGACAAAUAAAUCCUCCUUGUUCAGGAGCUGUUCCUGGAACUAACUCCCUUAGUGUCAUUGAUGUGCAUUCCACUCUGUUGUGUUUUCUGUACAGCCAUUCUAGUUUUGAUUUCCCAGGUAAACGUCUUUAUCUACCAUGAUCACAAACGUUCAAGUUUCCAAUUAUUUUCAUCAUCAUAACCAGUACGGUGCUAUUAUUUACCUAUGUACGUGUAGUUAUGUAUAAUUUUGUAAUUAGUUACAAAGGUUUAAAAAAAAAAUCAAAAUAUAUAAAAAGUGAUUUGUACAAAACUUUAUUUUAGCUCUUUUUUAAAAAUGAUUUGCAUGGUUAGACAAGGGCAAGGACAGCCAGGGGAGGGAAGGGCCUCUAGGGAACUUUGCACUUUCUAUACCUUUGUACUAUGCACUGCCCUAUUGAUUCUACACCCAAUAAUGUUAUUACUUGAACCCAUGUGUAAAAAACUGCUUCAGAAAUUCAUUUGUGUGUAUGUAAACAACACAGCAUAGAAACAGAAAGGGGAAAAAAUUCUGCGGUAAUGGGUAGAUUUUUUUUCUUUCCUGUUGAAUUUUUUGGUUUGGCUCUUUGUUAGUCACCCCUUUUAUUUUUAAACCUCUUUUCUUUCUGUCUUUGGGGUUUUGGUUUCCUUUGGGUUUAUGGGUGCCCUGAUACUCCAGCAGAGGUCAGAAGGCUACAGAUCCAUCCUAUCCAUCCGUUCCGUGGCUUUGCCAUCAAGCUUGGAGUGUCUACAAAGAUAAUAACAGUUGUGUUCUUUGCUCUCAUUUUGGAUGCAUAGACUGAGAAAUUAAAAAAAAAAAUAACUUGUAAAAUGGCUUGUUAAAAAAAAUAUACAAUUACCUCUAAUUAGUAGUACGCGUAAAUGUUUUACAGAAUGAAAGGCGUGCUUUUUAUUUUCUUACUUCGUUACAUUGGUGGCGAAAGAAGUCUGUAUGAAAAUCAGUUCUUUGCUGACACAAGUUCCAUUUGUUAUAAAUGAAUUCUAAUAAAAAUGUCAGUGUUAUGCA